AUGGCAGGAGUAAAAUUUAUUAGAGUUUGCGAAGAUGAUAAUGAGAGUCCCAUUGAGGUACCGAUUGAAGAUGAUGGCACAGUACUUCUUGCCACACUAAAGUCCGUGUUUCCAAAGUCAACUGGUCUCAAGUAUUUAGCUCCUGAUUCAGGUUGCCUGAGGGGUGUAAGGCUUAAUGAUGGAAAACUUUAUGCUCCAUCAGAUGGAUGGGUUCAUGUUUAUCAGUGCGCAUUACCUAGAGAAAAUAAGCGAAAAGGUAUAGAAGAGAAAGAUACUUACAGUUCGAAGUUUAAAAAGCUGGAGGAGAAGAAGUGUACAGAUCUAAUUGUUUUAAACUUGGCGUGGAAAACUGAUGAAUCUACACUAAAGGAAUAUUUCUCACGUUACGGUGACCUCGUAACAGUUCAGGUUAAAAGACAUCCCGAUUCCAAUUUGAGCAAAGGGUACGGAUUCAUUCGGUAUAAUGAUAUGGAAUCGCAAAUUAUGUGUCUGUCUGAACGACAUAGCAUAGAUGGACGCUUGUGUGACGUCAGAAUACCCAUCUCCAAGUUGGAAGGAGAUCGUCAAGAGGUAAGCCGAAAGGUACAUGUGGGUGGAAUUACUGAGUCCAUUACAGCCUCUGUGCUAAGAGAUUACUUUUCACAAUUUGGUGCAGUACUCGAUGUAUUUAUUCCCAAGCCUUUUCGUUCAUUUGCCUUCGUAUCAUUCGAAGAUCCUGAAGUUGCAGCGGAACUGCUGGGAAAAGAUCAAGUUAUAGAAGGUGUUUGUGUGUCAAUCGGCUCUGCAGUCCCCAAAUUACACCCUCAACAAAAUCGAAAUAGUCCUAUGUAUCCUAAUUCGCACUUCGGAAAUUCGCACAACCCUUGGGCUUGGCAAUACAACUCAGUAAUGAAUGGCCAUGGUUCACGUGAUUUCAACCCUGGUAUGUAUAAUUCCAUGCAAGGUUAUAAUAUGGCAUCUCAUUCACCAUUCGGAAACAAUUUUUCUUCAUAUCAGCGGCAAUACAACUCAUAUGCAAACAGAAUUAAUAUGUAGGCUGAUACUGAGAUGGUGGAGACUUGUAGCUCAGGUGGAUAAUUUUGGAGUUUUUUUUCUCUGAGCUGCAUAGUUUAGUCGUGGAGCUUUCAUCGUUCUUUUCAACGACAUCACCACAAACUUGAGGUAGUCAAAUCAACGCACAAAGUUCGCUUAUUUAAUUUGAGAUAUUACUUGAGUUUUAGAAAACGGGACUGAAAGAAUAGAUUCUUCAUAACAUCCAAAAAUACCAGGGAUUCAAACAUCUAUUUUUGUUUCCUGCUGGUUUUAUUGACGUGAUACAAAAGUGAAUAUUUUUUGCAUUCUCAGCGCG